AUAGAAGAGAGGGGGAGAGAUGAGAUGAGCUCAUGCUCCUUUCUUUCUUCUUUAAUGGAGUUCUGUUUUCUAUAAUGAGAAAUAAUAAUACUGGACUGAAACAGUAAAACCCUUCUCUUCUUUAGAAGAUGGCAGUACAAGAAGAUAAGCAUAUCCCUUCUUUUCUUCUGGAUGAUCUGUAUUGUGAGGAGGAGAGAUGGGAAGAUGGAGAAGCGGAAGAUGAUGAAGCGGGGGAGGUUUUACAGGGGGAGAGCCCCAGAAGCUAUAGCAAUGGUGGGUGCGGGUCAGACAAAAAUGCUUCAUUUUUCCCACUUUUGGUGUUGAAGCAGGAUUUGUUUUGGGAAGAUGAGGAGCUUCUUUCUCUGUUCUCCAAAGAACAGGGGAGCCAGUACAUUGUGGAAAUUGAUGAUGCUCUGUCUUUGGCUCGUGCUGAGGCUGUUGAGUGGAUGUUGAAGGUCAAUGCCCAUUAUGGGUUCACUACCCUCACGGCUGUUCUUGCCAUCAAUUAUCUGGACAGGUUCCUAUCUAGCCUUCAUUUCCAAAGGGACAAGCCAUGGAUGAUCCAGCUUGUGGCUGUGACUUGUAUUUCUUUGGCUGCCAAAAUUGAAGAGACCCAAGUUCCUCUUCUCUUAGACCUUCAAGUGGAGGAAUCAAAGUACGUGUUUCAUGCCAAAACCAUUCAAAGAAUGGAGCUUUUGGUUCUGUCUUCCCUUCAAUGGAAGAUGCAUCCGGUGACCCCACUUUCCUUCCUUGAUCACAUCAUAAGGAGGCUUGGCUUUAAGACCCAUCUCCACUGGGAAUUUCUCCGCCGAUGUGAGCGUCUCCUUCUCUCACUAGUCUCCGAUUCAAGAUCUGUCCGUUUUCUACCCUCUGUAUUGGCCACUGCAACAAUGAUGCACGUUAUAGACCAAGUCCAUCCUUUCCACUCCAAUGACUACCACAACCAGCUUCUGGACGUCCUUAAAAUAAGCAAGGAACAAGUAAACGAGUGUUUCAAGCUCAUUUUAGACCUGUCAAGACCCCAAAAGCGCAAGUACUGCGAGAUUUCGGUGCCAAGCAGUCCUAGUGGGGUCAUCGACGCUAUGUUUUGCAGUGACAACUCGAAUGAUUCCUGGGCUGUGGACUCACCCCCGGCGCCUGUGUUCAAGAAAAACAGAGGUAGCGGAGGGCAGGAACAGGGGACGCAAUUGCCACCGCCAUCACUCAACCGGGUUUUUGUGGACAUUGUGGGCAGCCCUUCUUGAAUCCCAGAGUAGAAUAUCCAUAUUUUUAGCAUAAUGUCUUUUUCAAUGCUACCUUCUAAAAUCUCUGCAAUUCCAAGGAGCCCCAGGAGCAGGAGACGGGUCAUUGUGGCAUUCCAUCAAACAGAUGGAGGGGAGACUGGAAGAAGAAUAUGUGCACAAGCUGCUGUCUUUUCCAUCCAUGUCUUUUCAGGAAAAAAAAUGGAUUAUAUAUGGGGACCUAAUAUAUUAUAUUAUUACCAUUACCAUAAAUAAAAUCCAAGAAACAUUUUUGUUCUGUCUGUAAUGAGAUAUUUGGGUCCUAAAUGAGCCAUUGCAUAUGCUUACGGAAAAAAUUGGGAGAGUGUGUCGGCCAAUGCCCCCAGUGG